CUGACUUCCGGUGUAGACGUUGCAUUUCAGGCUGUCGGUGAAGCGAGAAGGAUCGAGGCGAGAAGGUGUUUGAGUGGAGAAAAUUGACCAUGGACUCAGAUCGGUUGUUCCAUUGCUGUGUUUUAUGUCUGGUCUUUAGCUCCGUUGGAGUUGUUGCCGCAUCACCACCGAGUCAAGAAAGCGUUGUAGAAUGUGAACCUGACAAAGCUAGAUGUCAUGAUGGCAGUCUCUGUAUCUCAAAGGACAAGUUCUGUGACAGGAAGAGUGACUGCCUAGACCAUUCAGAUGAGAGAUUCUGUGUGCUGGGGAACUGUACAGACCAGAGAAAAUACUUCCCUUGUGCUCAAACUAGUGAAUGUGUGCCCCGAGACUUUGUCUGUGAUGGGCAUAACGACUGUGCUGAUGGAUCUGAUGAACUUGUUUGUGAUCCAAAAGAGAACUGUACACUUGAGCAUGACCGAUUCCUGUGCGCUGACCGUAAGAGCUGUCUGGUAUGUAAUAAGGUGUGUGAUGGACAUGCAGACUGUGAUGAUGAGUCCGACGAGUCCACGAAUUGUGAUAGUUCGAGAAAUGCCUGUCAAGCUGGGAAGUGUGGAGAGUUUGGAGUGUGUAAGGUACUGCCGUACGGACCUGUGUGUAUCUGUCAACUGGGGUUCACACUGAUGACGGACAAUGUUACCUGUAAAGACAUUGAUGAGUGUAACAUACAUCGGGGCAGGUUGCCAUGUGAUCAGGAGUGUACCAAUACCAAUGGGAGCUUUAACUGCUCCUGUCUCCAUGGUUACAGACUAGAGAACACCACUCACUGUCGAGUUCAAGAUCCUGACCCUGUGUUAUACGUGGCAGCCAACACGGGAGUUCUGGCAUAUCACAUUCGGUCUGGACUCUGGACGACUGUCUUUGAGGAUCAGCCAGACAUUGUGGACCUGGAUUUUGGUCCAAAUGAUAAUCUGUUCUGGACAGCAGUCAACCGGACCUCCAGCUGGGUACAGUUUAGACAUGUGGGAUGGCCAAGAAACUGGACAACACACACCCUGGUGGACAUUGGUCUGUCCAGGUCGAAGGGGGUGGCUGUCGACUGGAUGACCAAUGCCGUGUACGUGGUCAGUGAGGACAGGGGUCAAAUAUUAGCCUGUGUGAGGACAAAACCAGUCAGCUGUGUCGUGGUCAAGGAAAACCUGGACAAAUUGCAGGACAUCAUAAUUUGCCAUCAUUCAAGGAAGAUGUUCUGGUCCAACUGGGGAAGGACACCAAAAAUUACAUCAUCUGACCUGGAUGGCAGAAACACUGCUGUGAUCGUGAGUGGCCAGCUCCGACAGCCGACAGGUUUGGUGAUGGACAGGCCAAGGAAAACCGUUCUAUGGGCAGACUCCCUAUUACACAGAAUAGAGAGUUCCCACCUGGAUGGAUCGCACAGGCAGAUUGUGGUAUCGCGGGGGCUGCACCGACCAUCCUCUCUGGCCUUGUUGGAGGGCACCUUGUACUGGGCCAAUGUCCGGGAGGGAUCAAUGAGCAGCUGUAACUUGUACAAUGGUUGUCGGAGAAUCUCACUCUUCAAAAAUGGUCUCCAUCAUCCAAACUCCCUUGUAAUAGGCUCACCAAGCCUGCACGGAAUACCUGAAGAUCCACCUAUAAACCAAUGCCAGACUGCUCUCUGCUCACAUGUAUGUUUGUCCAGUCGUCCCGGAUACAGUUGUAUGUGUCCACCGGAUCAAAUCUUGACCAAAGAUGGCCACACAUGUUCUCGUACACCUGGAACUGACCAGUUAUAUAUUGGAACUCGGGGAAAGAUACUUGUCCUACCCCAGGGGCUGCCUGGCUACACCCAGGACCUUCUCCUCCCCACCAUCCUCUCCCAUAGUGACACUCCAAGCUCUUUGGAAGUGGGACAUGAUACUAACUCGGUUGUGUACUGUGACUCCACAAAGGACACCAUUACCAUGGCAACCACUGAUAUCCUUACGGGCAUGGUCACAGAGAACACCUUGUAUGAAGGAGACAAUAUUCAGCAUGUUCUGGACCUUACUGUGGACUGGGUGCCGGGAAACAUUUACUGGGCUGAUGCCAGUCCAAGGGCGGCCAUUAUGGUAGGCUGUAUCUCUGGAGAGCACAUCUUGACCUUGGUGAAGGACAACUUAGAGCAGCCCAACUCUCUGGAUAUUGACCACGUCAAUGGGUAUUUGUACUUUUCUGACAUUGGGAGGUCUCCAUUUAUUGGGCGUUGUCGACUUGAUGGAACAGAUUUCAGCAGAUUGAACACCGACGUAGGACACCCAGAGCACCUUGUGGUCAGUCCGGAGGACAAUCGUCUUUACUUCAUGGAUGUCCAUUACCACCAGAUCUUGUCUGUUUCUCUCCCUGAUGGUGCUGACCACAGGACACACUGGCAAGGCAUUACUGGUCAAGUGUUAGGGCUAGCAGUGAUUGACCGCUGGAUAUACUGGACUGACCAGCAGUCGGAGGGUGGUGCACUGUGCAGGGUACACAAGCAUGACCACAAUAAAGAGAUGUGCUUUCUCCGUAACAAUUACUUACUGCAGGGUUUGGCUGUUCCCUCCUCCAUCAACUCACCACAAGUUGAUGGAUGUGGACGGAACAACGGUGGAUGCAGCCACUUUUGCUUUAGUCAGGGAAGUGAAGUAACCUGUAAGUGUUCCGACGGAUUCAUUCUCGAGGAAGAUGGACAUGCAUGUCAAGCUGUUCUUGACUCUAAAUGUGUGUUCCGCUGUCAUGAUGGUCAUUGUAUAACUGACCGCUCCUACCUGUGUGACGGGCAGCCUGACUGUACUGAUGGGGAGGAAGAAGAUCCAAGUCUAUGUGAUCAAACAACAUCUCCAACUCCAAAGUCUCUCACAGGUGCUGCCUGUCAACAACCAAACCAGUGUCACCACAUCUGUAGAGAAACGCCCAAGGGACCCAGAUGUGACUGUCGUCGAGGAUACCAGCUGUCAGAUGACCAAAAAGGAUGCAGGGAUGUGGAUGAGUGUGAAAAUAACAACGGUGGCUGUAGUCAGCUGUGUGACAACAAAGAUGGCAGCCAUUCCUGUAGCUGUGUCCAUGGUUACACCAAGAAUGGAUCCCUGUGCCAUGCCCAAGAGCCACACCCCUAUUUAGUGAUUGGUGGAACUGGUGGCAUUGACAAGGUUAACGACCAAGGUCAGAUAGAGGAGCUCAUGAUUGGUGAAGCCAGUGGGUUUGUCACAGCCUUGGAUGUUGUCAUGGAGACUGGAGACAUUAUAUUUGUAACAUCUGUACAGGAAGCACUUUUCCUUUACAAGAGGACUGAAAAAAAUGUGACACGCUUGACCACACUUGGCAGUAAAGUGACCGAUCUGUCAUAUGACUGGAUUGGCCGUAAUGUAUACUACACGGAUGGUCAACAUGGCACUCUAGGUGUGUGCAGUCUCCAGUCCCUGCCCAUCCUCUGUCGCACCCUACGAUAUGAACCGGUCAAUUCCAUCGCCCUCCAUCCGGUAAUCGGCUGGAUGCUGUGGACCAGCACUAGAGAUGGGACCAUUAUGAGGAUGGGGAUGGACGGUAGGAAUCUGACUGUUUUGGUGGAGGCCACAGUAGGUCAGUCUGUCCUUGCACUGACCAUCGAUUAUGCCAAUGACCGCAUUUACUGGAUCAGUUCCCCGGCCAAUCAGGUGUGGUCCAGUGAUAUGGAUGGCAAAAGGAGGCAAAAUGUACUGAAUGGGGUAAAUGUUCGUCAUUUCUCCAGUGUAUCGGUGUUUGAGAAUACUCUGUAUCUGAUGGACAAGAGGUCAAAGGUUGUGUACCUGUAUAGCAAACCCGGUGGUCAACAGACUGGUGUCAUCCAGCUACUAUCCACUCCCAGUUGUCUGAGAAUAGUCCACCCCUUCCAACAGGCACAUCAAAUGACUGACGUAUGUAGAGCCAGGCGCUGUUCUCACUUGUGUUUGGUUACUCCCAGGGGAGCUAACUGUUACUGUCCCGAUGGCUUCCAGUUCCUACCAGGCUCUGUCAAAGCAUGUAAAGAUGGAAAAACCAGUGUAAUGACUGUCACAGAACCAAUGAUGUCUACUCCUAAACCAGCAACUGAAACCCUGCAGAUUGAGUCGCCAUACAGAAUCAAGACCACUCCUAAACCAACUCCUGAAAACCCCACGCUGGAGCCACCAUACCAAGUGAAAACAAUUUCCAGAUCUGAAAACUCCUUGACGGAUUCACCAUACAAAGUGAAGACAACUCCUCGAUCAUCAACUGAAAACCCCCAGAGGGAGCCACCAUACAAAGUGAUGUCAUCUCCCAGACUAACAACUGAUAAUCCUACGUCAUCCACUCCUAGGUCGGUGAAUCUCAAUCUUCCCAAAGUGGCUCCACCUGCCAAAGUGCACCUUGGGAUACAACAUGUGGAAUACCAUCACAGCAACGAGGAAAACCUUUGUGAAAAGAAAUGUGAAAAUGGUGGAAAGUGUGUGAUAGCUGAAGAUAACCAAGUGCAAUAUUGUAGUUGUGUAGGAGGAUAUAGCGGUGCCACCUGUGGUGAUGUGGAUGCUGCAGUCCAGGGGGAGACAACUGCAGAUGAUACUCGGUCAAUAAUCAUUGGUGUGACUUCAGCAGUUGCAGUUGCCAUCAUUGCUGUCGUCAUCAUUUCAGUUGUAUGUUGGAUCAAACACCGGUCUGGCAGAUCAUUCCCCGACUACAUGCCUUGUGUUGCUCGUACCAGCAAAAUCUUCACUGCCAAGGAAGAUGCAGAGGGCCUAGUUUCCGAUUCUUCUUCUGCAUUUGGUGAUCUCCGAUUUGAUAGCGAUGUUACAUUCCGUGAAUUUGAUACUGUUAGUUACCAGACUACUUCCUCUUCCACUGAUCCCGCCCGCUGUGGACCUAACAACUCAAGUACUGCGCACAAAGACCAGGUGUUCAACCCCCAGGACAUCUAUUACUGCCCAUCUAACCAGUCAUUUGGGUCAGCCUUCUGUCGCCAGGAGGAAAGUCAGGACAGGUCAAGUUCUGGCGCUUCCUCUGCCAGCAGUAUGUGACGAUCUCUAACCUCUAACCUCUUGACAUAUGACCUCAUUUGGAUCUGACCUCAGUUGUAGGGAGGCAGAACAGGAGAGGUCCAAUUUGGUGAUAUCUUUACCUCUGACCCCUGACCUCAGUUAUGAAUGCUGAUUAUAAUUGACAUUGACCUUGAACAAACAUGUCUGCUUACCUAUCACACAGUGAUAGAUGAAACAUUGGUCCUGAUGGUCAAAAUCUGAUUGGCUAAACACAUUGUUAAUGCAAUUGUUUUUGUGGGUUUUUUCUACAAUCACCCAAGCUGAAAUCUCUACAUGUUAUUUGACUAGUGACUUUCACAUUAUUUUGUAAAUAUGCCAGAUUAAUAUUUUACAUUAACUUAUUGUUGAGCUAAUCAGGCACUGAUCAGCAACAGGUCCAAUCUCAUGUAGGUGACUAUCCCAGGAGUGACAAAGUGUUAUAUAAUCAGGUCAAGGUCAAACCGUUACUUCCUGAGCUUCCUCAUUGGCAACAAUGGAAUCCUGCCUGUCUGUUAUUAUAACCAGAAGAGACUCGUGUAAUGAUCAUAUUUGUUUAUGAAUUUGUUUCUGUGAUGUCAUUUCUUGUUAAAUUGUGAAUGUGUCCCUACAUCAAACAAUCAUGUUUCUGUUAAAUUUAUACAGCUAUGAUAAAAAGCCUACUUGAAGAAAUAUAUAGACAUUACCUUGCAUUUAACAGAUUUGUGUAUUAAAAGUUAUCUCCCUUGAAUAAUCUUUAACAAGCAAUGAUAGCAAAGUAUAGAUCCAUUAACAUGUAUAUUACAGACAACUCUAUAAUGUUGUUUAAAUUAUUUUUAGCUUCUCCGGCCUAAAGCUGUGGUGAGCUUAUGGUUUUAUUGGUGAGCUUAUGAUUUUGUGUCCACUGUUGCCAUUUGGCACUAACGAUCAACUUUUCCAAAUUUGAUUCACAAAGACUAGGGUAAUGACACUUGGCAUCUAGCUGGCUGAAAUGGAGUGCUAUAAAGCUUGUUAAACUGAAUUACGAUAACCCAAUUCAAACAACUUCUAAAAUCGUCAUGCCGAGAGUACUGAUACAUUUGGCAUGUAGUGAGGCUUGUAUGGAUAUAGUGUCUGCCUUGUUCAAAUGAAUGACCUUGGUCAAAAUAUGUCGCAUGUUUUAAAAAGUUCAAUUGACUUAUUAAGAACCUUUAAGCCUAGAGUCAUAGUAUUCAGUCUCUAACAUAACAUAGCUUGGAUAAAGUCGGACUGAAAAAUAUUAAAAAGUGACAUGAUUGUUAAAGAGCCAUGAUAGCUACAGUGAUGAUAUUUGGCAUAUCCCUUGUCUGCAUAGAAUAACAGGAAGAAAUUUUACAGAAUUAACUUUCCACAUUAUGAUCUAACCAUUGAUGAUUUGAAGUGUAUGUAGGUGCAUGGGCCACUUGUUAGCUCACCGGGUCCGAAGGACCAAGGUGAGCUUAUGCCAUACUGUGGCGUCCGUCAACAAUUUCUUUA